UACAAAAGUAAGGAAACUCCUACUAUUAAUUUUAAUAAAAAAAAAUGAUGUGGAUAAUUUUUUCAAGCAUACAAAAAUGCGUCAGACAUGCGCAGUGUGGUAGGUUAACGACCGCUGGUUUUUAGUUUAGUGUUGGUGAUAUGUCGGCAAUUGUGAAAGUGGAAGUGAAACAAGAAGACAAUAUAAAUACCGCCAUUGAUGAAAAAGUUUUACUUAAUGCUGAUGUGCCCGCAAUUAUAAAGCGAGAACUUAAUGAGGUUACAAUCAACGGGGAUGAUCCUGUCACACCAGGUACUUGUCAAGAUGAAAAUGAUGAGCAGGGAAAUAAAUGUAUCAUUGUACAUUCUAAGGAUUUCCCAUGUGGUACUCAAUCGCAAAGUUCAAAAGAUUUUAAUUGUACUCUGUGUAAUUACACAAGCAAAUAUAAACACAAUUUAAGAGCACACCUGCUAACCCACGAGGCCGUUAAAGAUUUAAAAUGUAGUCAGUGUGAUUACGCAACAAAUAAUAAAUCACUUCUUAAAAAUCAUCUAUUGACCCAUAAGAUAUUCAAGGGUCUUAAAUGUGACCACUGUGACUACGCAACCAAUAAUAAAUCCUAUCUUAAAGGACAUUUAUUAACCCAUAAGACAACCAAAGAUAUCAAAUGUGAUCAUUGUGAUUACGCAACCAAUAGUACGCGUUGUUUAAGAAUACAUCUGCUCUCACAUAGACUUUCCAAAGAGUUCAAAUGCGUCCAGUGCAAUUAUGCAACCAAUUAUAAUUCUACCUUUAAAACACAUCUAUUGACCCAUAAGACAACCAAGGAUUUCAAAUGUGAUCAGUGUAAUUACGCAACCAGUAAUAAGCGCUGUUUGAAAAUACAUCUGCUUUCACAUAGACCUUCCAAGGUUUUUAAAUGUGAUCAGUGCGAUUUUGCAACUAAUUACAAUUCUACUUUUAAAACACAUCUAUUGACUCACAAGGCAACCAAGGAUUUCAAAUGUGAUCAUUGUGAAUACGCAACCACUAAUAAGACCCAUUUAAACACUCAUCUACUUUCACAUAACCGUUCCAAGGUGAAGGAUAUUAAAUGUGUCCAGUGUGACUAUGCAACCCAUAACAAAUACCAUCUUAAACAACAUCUAUCAACUCACAAGGCAAUCAAGGAUAUCAUAUGUGAUCAUUGUAAUUACGCAACCACUAGUACGCGCUGUUUAAAAAUACAUCUGCUUUCACAUAAAUCUUCUAAGGAUUUUAAAUGUGCCCAGUGUGAUUAUGCAACCAAUACUAAUUCUAAUUUAAAAAAACAUCUACUUUCACAUAAACCUUCCAUGGAAGUUAAAUGUGGCCAGUGUGAUUACGCAACCAAUGAUAAAUACCGUCUUAAUCGACAUCUAUUAACCCACAGGACGACCAAAGAUAUCAAAUGUCAUCAUUGUGAUUACGCGACCACUAAUAAGUGUUACUUAAAAAGACAUCUGCUUUCACAUAAACUUUCCAAGGAUUUCAAAUGCGCCCACUGUGACUAUGCGACUAAUCUUAUGCCCAAUUUGAGAACACAUCUGCUUUCACAUAAAGGUUCUAAGGAUUUUAAAUGUUCCCAUUGUGAUUAUGCGACGAAUUAUAAAUUAUUAUUGAAAAGACAUCUGUUUAAACACAAAACUUCUACCUAAUUAUGUUAAAGGUGGUGAGUGUGUUCACGCAACAAAUAAUAAAAUAGUUUAAAAAUUUAUUUUUUGUUAUUUAUAAUGUUUGUUUAUAUAAUUUUUAUAUAUUUAUACUUUAA